AUGGGUAAAUCUCAUGGUUACAGAUCUCGUACUAGAUACGCUUUCCAACGUGAUUUCAAAAAACAUGGUGUUAUUCCAUUAUCAACCUACUUAAAGACCUACAAAGUCGGUGAUAUUGUUGAUAUCAAAGUUAAUGGUGCUGUCCAAAAAGGUAUGCCACACAAAUUCUACCACGGUAAAACUGGUAUCAUUUUCAAUGUUACCAAAUCAGCUGUUGGUGUUAUUGUUAACAAAAUCGUUGGUCACAGAUAUAUCGAAAAAAGAGUUAACAUUAGAGUUGAACACAUCAAACACUCAGCUUGUAGACAAGAAUUUUUAAACAGAGUUAAAACCAAUGCUGCUUUAAAGAGAGAAGCUAAAGCUAAAGGUGAACAAGUUUUCUUAAAGAGACAACCAGCUAAACCAAGAGAAGCCAGAGUUAUUUCAACUGAAGGUAACGUUCCUCAAACCUUAGCUCCAGUUCCUUACGAAACCUUUAUUUAA